CUCUGUAAUUUUAAGAACACAAAACAGUUGAUGGAUACUCCUAAACAUUUCUCUUCUCUCACCUGUGAAUUGAAAAUCAAACAAGCAACAUCCGUACAGUCCAAACCCAAAACCAAACUAUUUGUAAGAAGCUAUCUUCCUUUAGGGAAUUAUAGCAACAAAACAUCAAAUAUUUGCCUCGAUACCCGAGAGAUCCCUACAGAAAACGACAGCGUUUGGAACGAGUCCUUCUCGUUGGAGGGCUGUGGAACGGAGGGUUCCAUGGACAUCUCAAAACUCAAGCAAGAAAGCUUAGUUCUCGAGCUAAGGAUGAGGAAAACAAUGCCAGUUUUUGGAGCAAUUUUUAAUCUUGGGAGCUCCAAAAUCUUGGGCAUGGCAGAGAUCCCACUGAAGGAAGUUCUUGAGUCGCCAAACAUGGUCUUUGACAAGUGGGUGACUCUUGUUGCGACACGUGGACGUGUGUUUGAGGGUGUCAAACCAGCUAAACUGAAGGUGGAGAUAAGAAUAAGGGUUUUGAAAGAUGUGGAGAUGUUGGAGAAAAAAAGGCUUAGAAAUAUGGAGAAGAAUUGGGACGAGUGUGGGUGUAAAGAUGGUCAUGAUCAUGGUUGUUCUUGUGAUGAUUAUGAUGUUUUUGCAUUGGCCGGUCUAGGCAAAAUUUAG